CUGUGGCGGGGACUGGGCGACAUGGCGGCGGCGGCGGCGGCGGCAGCGGCGGCGGCGGCGCUGGCGCGGCUCGCAGCGGCCUUCCUUCUCCUCGCGGCCCAGGUGGCCUGUGAGUACGGCAUGGUGCACGUGGUGUCUGAGACCGGUGGCCCCAGAGGCAGAGACUACUGCGUCCUCUACAACCCACAGUGGGCCCACCUGCCGCACGACCUCAGCAAGGCGUCUCUCCUGCAGGUGCGGGACUGGACGAGCUCCGUGCUCUGCUCUCCUGCCGACCUCCCCCCCAAAGGCUUCAGCAACCAAAUCCCACUGGUGGCACGGGGGAACUGCACCUUCUAUGAGAAAGUGCGGCUGGCCCAGGGCAGCGGGGCCCGAGGGCUGCUCAUCGUCAGCAAGGAGGCGCUGGUCCCCCCGGGAGGCAACAAGACUCAGUAUGAGGAGAUCGGCAUUCCCGUGGCCCUGCUCAGCUACCGAGACAUGCUGGACAUUUUCCAGACUUUCGGCCAGGCAGUGCGGGCGGCGCUGCACGCCCCCAAGGAGCCCAUGCUGGACUACAACAUGGUCAUCAUCUUCCUCAUGGCUGUGGGAACCGUCGCGCUCGGGGGCUAUUGGGCCGGGAGCCGGGAUGUCAGGAAGAGAUACAUGAAGCACAAGCGGGAUGACGGGCCCGAGAAGCAGGAGGACGAGGCUGUGGACGUGACGCCCGUCAUGAUCUGCGUCUUCGUGGUCAUGUGCUGCUCCAUGCUGGUGCUGCUCUACUUCUUCUACGACCAGCUCGUCUACGUCAUCAUCGGCAUCUUCUGCCUGGCCUCCUCCACCGGCCUCUACAGCUGCUUGUCACCGCUCGUGCAGAGGCUGCCGUUCUGCAAGUGCAGGGUCCCUGACAACAGCCUGCCCUAUUUCCACAAGCGCCCUCAGGUCCGCACACUGCUCCUGGCGCUGCUGUGUGCGGCUGUCAGCGUGGUGUGGGGCAUCUUCCGGAAUGAGGACCAGUGGGCUUGGAUCCUCCAGGACGCGCUGGGCAUCGCCUUCUGCCUCUAUACCUUGAAGACCAUCCGCCUCCCCACGUUCAAGGCCUGUACACUGCUGCUGAUGGUGCUGUUCAUCUACGACGUCUUCUUCGUGUUCAUCACGCCCUUCCUGACCAAGAGCGGGAACAGCAUUAUGGUGGAGGUGGCAACCGGGCCUUCGGACUCAGCCACCCAUGAGAAGCUGCCCAUGGUGCUGAAGGUACCCAGACUGAACGCCUCACCGCUGGCUCUGUGUGACCGCCCCUUCUCCCUCCUGGGCUUCGGGGACAUCCUGGUCCCAGGGCUGCUCGUGGCCUACUGCCACCGCUUCGACAUCCAGGUGCAGUCCUCCAGGGUCUACUUCGUGGCCUGCACCAUCGAAGGACCUACCUCAGUCGCCCUGGGCACCCGCCCCCACCGACGGCCCGCAGCAGCCCCAUGCGGACCCCGACGCCGCCCCUGCCCCCGUCCCAGGCCGGCAAACUCCUGGCGAAGACGCGGUCCCAACCCCUCCGCCGGUGGAGCAGACUCCAGAACAGUCUGCGCCCGAGGAGAAGCUCGGGGCAGAUGCGCCCCCCCAGGAACCCGAACGCCUCGCUGCCCCACCCGGCCCCUCGGCCUAGGGGAGGGCGCAGACUCGGCGCCGCGUCCCGGACUGGACCCGCGCGGCCCCCAACUUGGUGCUCUGGUCUGGCCGAUGCGCACGUCCUCCUCCAGCCCUCCGGCCGCACCCUGGCCCCCAGCCCUACUCCGAGCUCGUGUAGCCGCGAAGCCCCCGGCCGGUAGAGGCCACCCCCGCGCGCGGUCCGCUUCCUGCGCGGUGGUGUCCUGGGGAGGGCAGAGCGGCACCUCCGCCGGUGGCCUCGGACACGCCCAGUUUGGUGCUUACCCUGCUGCUGCUUCCCCGGGGGCGGGGGCGGGGCGGGAGAGGGAGAGGGAGGGGCUCUUGUCCGCAGGGCCUCUGGGGCUUGGACUGGAGCUGUCACCGGUUCGGUGGGGUUGGGGCCCCGCGGUGAGCGCCCAGCGCCUGUGCUCCAACUCCUCCAAUUUUAAUAAAUGGCCACGACUUUUUGAGAUCUUGGUAGUGUUGCCUGUUGGGGUGCGAGCCCCUCGGAGUGCUCCUCCGGAGCACGGGGGUGGCUGGCGCCAGGCCGGUGGCUCCAUUUUGCCUUUCCGCUUGGAGGAACUCUGUCCCCACCUUCGCCGCGGUCACCUGCACGCUCAGCACCCCAUCAGUGCACGCACCUGGGCCUCCAGCUACCGCGGGCGGGCGAAGAGCUUCCGGAAUGUGGGAGGGGGGGCUCUGGAACUGGCUUACGUCUUCUACCUCACAGACAGGGUUCUCUGAACCUCAGGACGGAGAUGCGGCCGCCCCCACGUCGGGCUGGCAGGGAGCCACCGCCCGGACAGGCCCCGGGGGCUGUGACCGCCAGGGCCCCGGCCUACUCCUCCACGUCCACGACGAGAGGCGAGGCCCAGACCCUUGGACCCCACGCCGGCUCCGCGUCCCUCCCGUCCCGCCGCUCUGCUGCAGACCGGCGGGGGCCAAACCAUGAUCCAUUCCAAACGAUACCAGCGCCAGACUCAUGUCUCAGCCACGCCUCCGAGGAAGAAACCAUGUUUGUUUAUGAAAACAAAACAUAAAACCCAGAAGACGUCUUCCACCUGUUUCUGUGUUUCCUAAAAAGAACAGGUGACCCCGCGGUUGGGUGGGGUGGCGCAGCUGGACCUGACCCGCCCCACCCCACGGGAGCCCCUGGCCUUGGAGGCGGGACGGGGAGGCAGCCACGGGACGGAGGGGAGGGGAGGGGAGGGAGGGUCCGAGGGGACCCCGUCCUUCCCCAGAGGACCACGCCUUCCUGUAAGCCAUUUUGUAUGUCGUCAAUGUUCGAACGCGGGUGGAAUUUCUCUUUUUCUGUUUUUGUUUCUGAAGUUUGACAAAUGUCAAGGAAUUCAAAGAGGGAUAUUAGUUCCUGAAGUUUCCGUUUGCAGUUUCUGCCUUGCUUCUGUUUGAAUCUUGUAAUUAAACACAGCUUUUGAUAUUUA